GAUCCGGAGCAGUGUGCUGUGUUAGCUCGACUAUUCAGUUUCUCAUCUAGUCCUGAGAAAUAAGUCUCUAAACACAAUUAUCUACCAUCUUCAUCACUAAUAGGUUUAUUUUCUAAAUUCAAUAGAUUAAGUGAUUAUUUUCAGCUUUUAGGAUUUUCCCCGCUGCUCCUCCAGGGUAUCGAAAUCUCGUUGCGUGGAGAUGAACUCUGCACAGGUCGGAGUGGUCAGAGACUCAAUGGCCAAUAAUCCACUUAUAAUGAAGCCUAAACUUGGUAAGAUCAAAUCCAGAGGACUCUCCUGUCCAGGACCAGAUUUUGUUUAUGGUGCAGUGACCACCUUCCAAGAUGGUGGAGCAGCAGAGGCCCUUUCCAACUGGCACACUCCUUCACUGUCCAUUUCCAAGUCUGCGCAGUACAGGAAGGCAGAGCGGGACUUUGUGGCACUGAAUCGUGAAGGUGUAAAGUCCGGCCUGGUCACGGCUAAAGAGCUGCAUCAGUUCCGCGCCACUCACGACAUCAGACGCCCAGUCGCUUCCAAAACCUACAAGUCUGCUCCAGUACAAAUACCACAGGACAUCACAUUCGGCCUUCCUACACGGCCGUCCACUCCGAUAUCGGCGCUGUUGGAGUAUAAGUACGGCCAGAAGUGGCUGGAGGAGCAACAGGCCAAAGACAGAGCACUGCUGGAGCAGCAGAAUAAGAAGGUUCAGCUUAGGAAAAUUCAGGACACUCGUACCACCCUUCUCCGUAAGAGUCGCCCUCUAGAGGAACCACCAUCCAUGUGGAAACUGCCCCGCUUCCAGCAGAUCGGACCAGCUCUGGACACCUUCCGAGAUCCUGAAGCACGAAAGAAGGCCAUGGCCGCACACUGCAUGGACUCGGUAGCCAGACGAGGACUGCUAGGACAGGGCACUUACACUGUGGACUAACAGGCUGAUUAUUAUCCAUAUAAUCUCCCAGUUUAUCCUUCAGAUCUGGUUCUUUUUUGGUCUAACAGUCUGGACACGGAGACAGUGUUAGUGAUAUCAGCUCAUAUUGUCACUAUUGAUGUAUGACAUGAGAUUUCGGUCCUGAGUCAAUGCCACAGCUGUUAGUGCAUUAUUUGUGUAAUAAAGUGUUGCUUAAAUUGUUUGCUCGUUUUGUUUUUCACUUCAGUAUUCCCUCGUUCAUCAC